AUGAAGGCCACUUCUAGGGUUGUUUCUCUCAAAGUGAAGAUGCGUCCUAAGUGCAUCUUUGGAGUGGAGUGUGUGGGCUAUCUCGGUCAUACCAUCACCAAAUUUGGUGUACAACCUGAUCCGGACAAAGUCAAGGCCAUAAUUGAUUGGCUCGUUCCGCUCUCGUUGACUGGCUUACAUGGCUUCCUUGGUAUCAUCGACUUUUAUCAACGAUUUGUGCGCCACUAUGCUAGAAUCGCCUCUCCUCUCACCGAGUUAUUGAAAUGUGCCACAUUUACAUGGACUAGUCAGGCUCAACAGGCCUUUACAGAGUUAAGAAAACAAAUUACUACUACUCCUAUUCUUUAG